AGGAUAGCUCAGCCUCAGCGUUGGAAAAUCGCGAAAAAUCUCGUCGAGAAAAUGUGACCAAAACAAGAAGAACAACGCCAGGAAAAGUGCAAAAACAGUCUGGAGGAGGAAGCUCUGCCCCGGUUAGCCUUCCCAAGGCGCAUUCACCGCCAGGAGCAUCAGGAAGCUUGGAGCGGCAAGGAGUCAGUCGCCACUACAGAAGCUCGUCUGAGAAUGGAAGGAGUUGAGCUGAAGGAAGAGUGGCAAGAUGAAGACUUCCCACGGCCCCUCCCAGAGGAAGAGGAUCUUGAUGAGUUUUUUUCUGGAACCUCUGAAGAGAGAGACCCUGGUUAUGGAGAGAACCAAAGCAAGAAGGCCAAGAAAAAACUCUCUGCUCCAGACAUGAGUUUGACUCUGGACCGCAGCGAAGGUUCUCUUCUCUCUGAUGAGUUGGAGGAAAUUACAGAUCUGGACCUGGACGACAUGGAGACGCCCUCAGACAACAGCAAUGAAUUUGAAUGGGAAGAUGAUCUUCCUAAACCAAAAACCACAGAAAUACUACAGAAAACCGUUGAUUCAGUCCAGGAAUAUUCGGCCUCAGAGGAGCGGGAAGAAGGACGACGAUGGAGGAUUUUCCGUUUUGGAGAUCAAGAUCACAGAGUGGACAUGAAGGCCAUUGAACCUUACAAGAAAGUCAUCAGCCAUGGGGGUUAUUACGGAGAUGGUUUGAAUGCCAUCAUUGUGUUUGCUGUUUGCUUCAUGCCUGAGAGCGGUCAACCAAACUACAGAUACAUCAUGGAUAAUUUAUUCAAGUAUGUCAUUGGCACACUGGAGCUGCUGGUUGCUGAGAAUUACAUGAUUGUGUAUUUGAAUGGGGCAACGUCUCGGAAAAAGAUGCCAGCUGUUAGCUGGCUCAGAAAGUGCUACCAGCAGAUUGAUCGCAGGUUACGGAAAAACCUAAAAUCGCUGAUAAUUGUCCACCCCUCCUGGUUCAUUCGUACCCUGCUGGCACUCACAAAACCCUUCAUAAGCUCCAAGUUUUCUCAGAAAGUCAAGUAUGUGUACAGCUUGAAAACCCUUGCUGAACUUGUCCCUAUGGAGUACGUGGCCAUUCCAGAAUGUAUCAAACAGUUUGAUGCCGAAAAAAAUAGGAAAAGCAAUAAAAGGUUUAGAGUUGCUGCAGUUUAUAUUUGAGUUGACCAGGAAAUAUUCGGGAAGGUGGAGAUGGCUGCUGCUGCUGUUCCUGAGUGACCACUUCACAGUGCCUCAUGAGGAGGAGUCUCAAUCUCUUAACUCCUGUCCUCAUGUUUAUGUUCUGCUCAAAGUUACAGGAGAUUUUUUUUGUUUUUUGCACCUAAAGUGCUUUUUUUAAUCUAUGCUGUUUGUUACAUUUUCAGACACUUUGCUGUAUUUUUUUUCUUGUUUAUCAAACAAUCUAACCCUUAUAACUUUGCCCACAUUUGCUGUUCGAAAUAUUGUAUUUUGCUUUUAUUUAGUCCCCUAUGUUAAGUCAAGCCUGUCUUCAGGUUUCUUAGUUAAAUCCUCACUAUUUAACACUUUGUUACAAGUGGUUGCUGCAUGUUCUGCUUUGUUACAUUGAAAUAUAUAUUUAUAUACAAGGUGUUAAAGGAGAGAAAUUUAAUAUAUUUUUAUGAACUGAUUUUUAAACUGCAAUUUAUAGGUGUCAAACUCACAGAGUGGCAUUUUAUGUAAAGUGUUGGCAGCACCUUUUCCACUGUUCAUUGCUGAUGUUCUGUUAAAAUUUCACCAUGGGGAAAAUAAAGUUUUAUUUUGUUGCCCCUCA